CGUCAUCACGCCGGAGCGACGUUGGUCCAGUCGGACUGGACGGGAUUUUGUCAAUUGUGGAGGAAAAUGGCUCUGCGGGGUCUGACAGGGGAUGCAGAUGACUUGGAGGACCUCUUGGAUGGCGUUGUCCUUGGCAAAGAUUACCUGUGUGAUCCCGACAGAUCUCCGUUUCUGCCCUGGGAUAGGUUCAGUGCCUGGGUUCACUGCAUCUGUGUCGUAGGCUUUGACCUGGAGCUGGGGCAGGCUGUUGAAGUAAUAUAUCCUCCUCAUGCAAAAUUAUCAGACAAAGAGAAAACAAGCAUUUGUUAUUUAUCCUUCCCAGACUCAAAUUCAGGUUGCCUUGGAGAUACGCAAUUUUGUUUCAGAAUUCGUCAGUCGGCUAACAAAAGGAACUCCUUUGACAGUCUGUAUGACAGAGAUGCUCCCGUUUACUUGAAGAAAGAUUCUGCACAUUACUAUGGAUAUGUUUACUUUAGACAAGUUCGUGACAAAUCCUUAAAAAGAGGUUACUUUCAAAAGUCACUGGUGCUGAUCAGUAAACUUCCAUACGUUAACUUUUUCCAUUUCCUGUUGAAGUUCAUUGCACCAGAAUAUUUUGACAAAAGUGAGCCUUUUCUGGAAGCUGCUUGUCAUGAUCUGGAUCAUUGGCCAGCGCCUAUCCCAGGAAGAACACUAAAUCUUCCCACAAUGGGGAUUGUUAUAAAGGUUAGGAUCCCUACUAAGCAAGACAAACCAGGUGCAACACAAAUGAUACAAUCUGGAGAAGAGAUGGAAUCACAGGUCUCCUUUGCACUUCCCACAAUCCAUGAAGUAGAUUUGUUCAGGUGUUUUUGUCCAAUAUUUUUCCACAUUCAGAUGCUUUGGGAGCUUGUGUUACUUGGGGAGCCUCUUGUUGUCAUGGCACCAUCACCUGCUGAGUCAUCUGAGACGGUUCUGGCCCUGGUUUGCUGUAUUUCCCCGUUGAAAUACUGCAGCGAUUUCAGGCCAUACUUUACUAUCCAUGACAGUGAAUUCAAGGAAUACACCACGCGAACACAGGCCCCACCACCUGUUAUUCUUGGAGUGACUAACCCUUUCUUUGCCAAAACAUUGCAACACUGGCCUCACAUUAUCCGAAUAGGUGACAUGAAGCCAGCAGGUGAUGUUCCAAAACAGGUCAAAGUAAAGAAAUUGAAAAAUCUUAAGACUUUGGAUUCCAAGCCAGGUGUGUACACUUCCUACAAAACAUAUCUGAGCAGAGAUGAGGAUAUAAUAAAACAGCUGCAGAAGGGAAUACAACAAAAGCGUCCUUCAGAAGCUCAGAGUGUAAUUCUUAGACGUUACUUCUUGGAACUGACUCAAAGCUUCAUCAUUCCACUGGAACGAUAUGUAGCCAGCUUGAUGCCUUUACAAAAGAGUAUUUCACCAUGGAAAAGUCCUCCACAAUUAAAGCCAUUCAGUGAAGAAGAGUUCAUGAAAACGCUGGAAAAAGCAGGACCUCAACUCACCUCCAAGUUGAAAGGAGAUUGGAUAGGUCUUUACAGGCAAUUCCUGAAAUCACCAAAUUUUGAUGGUUGGUUCCGGUCAAGAUGGAAGGAAAUGACACAGAAACUGGAGGCUUUGCACCUAGAGGCCUUAUGUGAUGCAGAUUUACUGAUCUGGAUUCAGAAACACACUGAAGUUGAGGUAGUGGAUUUAGUACUAAAAUUGAAAGAGAAAUUACUCCAGGCCAAGCAACAUCACCUUCCUGUGAAACAAGACACAUUGAAGAAAUUGCAGAUGCACACUGAAGCAAUAAUUUUAUCAUUGCCGGAAGACUUGCAAAGCAUCCUGCUAAAAAAUGGCACAACAUGAUCUUUGUACGCUUCCUCUUAAAGGCGUUUAACUAGAACGAGCACAAAUACACAUUCCAGAUAGUACUGAAAAUAACGUGGGAAGAAAAAUAACUUUGGAAAGUGGAAAGACCAAGUGGAAUGAAGAAUAUAGCCUCUUCAUAAGAUUCAUCAGGAUGAGUAUAAUCCAUGGGAUAGCAAUGAAGUAGAACAAACUAACAAAUCACUGUUUAAACUGAGUGUGUAUGUGUUUGAAAUGCUUCUGAUUAUUUUAACAAUCAAGUUUCACAAUGUGGUGCCAAGUAAUAAGCUUGGUGUCUGUAUUGUACUUCCAGUGGAUAAUAAUGGAGGGAAGUUUUACUACUAAUGUUUGUAAUGCAGACUAGGUAUUCAUAUAAAAUCUGUGCAAAGGUCAGCACUGGUUAUUUGCUCAAAUGCAUAUUUUAAUUUACUUACACUUUUAUAUAAAUGUCUAUUCUCAUAUGAAAAGAUAUUACUAAUUUGUAGAAUUAUGAGUAUUUGUAUUUAAAUGCGGUUUAACUUUUAAGAAUGAAAUCAGGAUAUUCACAAGCAUACUUUGGUCAACACCAGAAUGACCAAGCAUUGUUUUUACCAAAGCAUUAAGUCAACUCUACAAAAUUUCUAAUAAACUUUGCACUAUUUUUAAUA